AUGGCGGGCAUACUUGGCUUCAAAGUCGCGCUCUGCUUCGCAUACUUCCGAAUCACAAAUAGAAACUCACGAGUUGCAUACAAACGCGUCAUCUGGGCCUGCAUGAUUUUCUCAAUUCUCACACAUAUUGGUGGCAUACUUGUGCUUUUCUUCCAAUGCUCACCAAUAAGGAAGUCUGUGCGGCCCCGUAUUGCUGGAAAAUGUCUCGACAACGCCAUCACCUUCUAUGUCCUCGCGGCGAUCUCUAUCAUCUGCGACCUAAUCAUUUUCCUGCUUCCGAUUCCAUUGUUGUUAAAGGUGCAGAUCAACACGAGACGAAAAGUUGCGCUAAUCGCGAUCUUCCUGCUCGGAUUAUUCACCACUCUCUGUUCCAUCAUGAGAAUGGUCCAGAUCAGUGUUAUUUACAAGACUGGAAACUCGACCAUGUUGGUUCUUUGGGGAACAAUCGAGAUGAAUGUUGGUAUCUUCCUCACAAGCCUACCAUCCCUGACCCCACUCUUCACCUACUUCUCAAACAAGGCGAAAACGAGCAGCUACGGAAUGUCCUCUUAUGGCAAAGGCCGAUCCGCCAGUAACACGGAAAAUUCAGCUGUCUCUCAACAGACCUCAGGGAACUACGUCUACGGAGGUCCCACAACUGUAGAAAGGUCGGAUUCACAAGAGCACAUAAUAUCAAAUACAGAGAAAGGCAUGACCAUUACGAAGACGACGGAGAUACAAGUUCAGCGCUUGCACGACAGUAUUGGUGCUACCAAUCACAAGAGUUGGUCAUGA